UCUGUGUUGUUGAAAACACCCGGUAGUCGGCGUGGAUUGCGGUGAUUUGUUUGAAGAAAUUGCACAUUUCUGAGACAUCUCGGUGAAUUCGCUAAUUAAGAAAUCAAGGGCAACAUUGAUUUGUUUCGUGAUCUAAAGCAGUUGCUUCAUGAUGGAGCCCGAUGGACAAAAGCGCAGAUGGGAGUGCUGGUGGAUCUCUUUGUGUUUUUCUUUUCUGUUGUGCUUCGGACAGCAGGUUUCAGCUCAGAUAAGGUACUCUAUUCCAGAGGAAGUGAAAGAAGGAACUAUCGUUGGAAAUAUUGCAAAGGAUUUGGGGCUUGAAGUCAGUGCUUUGGUGGACAGGCGAUUCCGUAUUGUAUCUGGAUCCAAUGAUGAAUUUUUUCAGGUAAAUCAGAACGGCGUCUUGCAUGUUCAUAAGAAAAUCGACCGAGAAUCGCUGUGUGAUAGUCAUAAUGCAUGCAUGAUCAAUCUGAAGAUUGUCGUCGAAAAUCCCCUUGAAAUACAUUACAUUGGAGUAGAGGUGAUUGAUGUAAAUGACAAUCCGCCUACUUUUAGUGAACAUGAGAAACGAUUAGAGAUUUUGGAAUCGACUGCUCGAGGGACGCGUUUUCAGCUUAAAGCGGCGCGUGACCCGGAUGCAGGGGGCAAUUCCAUUCGUACAUACAAAUUAACCCAAAAUGAACACUUUGAUCUUGAAGUUAGAGAUCAGGGAGAAGAUAAACUGCCAUUUUUAGUUUUACAAAAAACUCUUGACCGUGAGAUUAAUGACGAAUAUAAUUUAGUUUUAACAGCAAUAGAUGGUGGAAAUCCACAAAAAUCCGGAACUCUAAAUAUUACAAUUAACGUUCUUGACCUAAAUGACAAUAGACCGUUUUUUAGCCAAGAAAUGUAUUCUACAACUCUAAAAGAAAAUAUACAAGUUGGAACGCUAGUCAUUCAGGUUCAAGCAAGUGAUGCAGAUUAUGGUUCAAACGGAGAGGUCACAUACGCAUUUGGCAGCGAUCAGAACCCAAAGGUGUAUGAGAUAUUUAGUUUGGAUAAACUGACAGGUGACAUUCGUGUGAAAGGUGAUAUAGAUUUUGAGGACAAAUCUAUUUACAAACUUGAAGUUCAAGCGUCUGAUAAUGGCCAGCCCCCUAUGAAGACAGACUGUAGAGUUGUCAUAAAAAUUUUAGACACGAACGAUAAUACGCCUGAGAUCGAUGUAACGUCACUGUCAAAGAUGGUGCCUGAAGAUUCCAGGCCUGGUACUGUAAUCUCACUCAUUAGUGUUACUGACAGAGACACUGGUGUUAACGGAAAAGUUGUGUGCACUCUCUCAGAAAAUGUUCCAUUUGAAUUAAAACCAUCAGUUCAGGACAACAUGUUUUCGUUAGUCACUAAAAGGAACCUGGACCGUGAAAUCAUAUCAAAUUAUGACAUUACAAUAACAGCGACCGACUUGGGUCAGCCUCCACUGUCCUCCUUUAAAACUCUGAGCGUGCAGGUGUCUGAUGUUAAUGAUAACCCACCUGAAUUUAGCAUAAAUCCUAUUGAAUUAUAUAUGAUUGAAAACAAUGCUGCAGGCGCGGCCAUUCUCACGCUGAGUGCUUUUGACAAAGACCUUAAUGAAAACUCCGUGAUUUCAUAUCAGAUUAUUAAAGGGAAUGACGUGACAUCGUUUCUAAAUAUUAAUUCUGAAACAGGCGCAAUUUAUGCACUUAAAAGUUUUGAUUUUGAAACUACCAAAAAGUUCCAGUUCAAUGUUCUCGCCAAAGAUUCUGGAAGUCCGUCUCUGAGCAGUAACGUGACAGUGAACGUGUUUAUUCUGGAUCAGAACGACAACGUUCCGGUGAUCUUAUAUCCAGUCAGCGCUAACGGUUCUGCUGAGGGUGUGGAAGAGAUUCCCCGGAAUGUGAACGCUGGUCAUUUGGUGACUAAAGUCAGAGCCUAUGACGCAGAUAUAGGAUACAACGGCUGGUUAUUGUUUUCACUGCCGGAAGUGAGUGAGCACAGUCUCUUUAGUUUGGACCGCUAUACAGGACAGAUAAGAACCCUUCGCUCAUUCACAGAAACAGACGAGGCCCAGCAUAAACUGCUCAUACUGGUCAAAGACAAUGGGAACGUUUCACUCUCAGCAACAGCGACUGUGAUUGUCAAAGUUGUGGAGCCCAAAGAGGCUUUUGCAGCUUCUGAUGUUAAAAACGCAGUAAAAGACGAGGAGGAAAACGACGUGACAUUUUAUCUGAUCAUCACUUUGGGCUCGGUUUCAGUGCUUUUUGUCAUCAGCAUCAUCGUGUUGAUUGUGAUGCAGUGCUCGAAAUCGACAGACUAUUCGUCCAAGUAUUUACAGGACACAAAUUACGACGGGACUCUGUGUCACAGCAUCCAGUACAGAUCUGGAGACAAACGGUACAUGUUAGUUGGACCCAGAAUGAGUAUCGGCUCUACAAUAGCGCCAGGCAGUAAUAGGAAUACUCUAGUGAUACCAGAUCGCAGGAGGAGAGAUUCUGGAGAGGUAAGGCUGGUUUUCACCCAGGCUAGAGCGCACUGA